AUGCGGACAGCCGUUGAGAACCACGGUUCACAUGCGUCGAGCUUGCAAGCGACCGGACAACUCACCCAGUCCGCGUCGAUGGUCAUCGGCUGGACCGCGAUCGAUGAGCAGUUUUGCACCCAUGCUUUUCAGGCUGCGGCAUCCAAGAGCUCUGGCCAAUGGCGACGCGAGGCGACCCGACUAAUAUUAGGAGGCUGGGGAAAGGCUUGGAGCUAUCAACAGCUGGCCGCGCGCGACAUGGAUAAGGUUCCGAUCCCCUUCAGUGUCUUCCCGUCUGCGUAUCGGAACGCGGAAUUUAAGGAAACUACCAGCGUAAAGGUAGAAGAACAGGAAGCACAGUUUGAGCAACAGGCUUCACACGGACGGGAAGGUCACGAAGAAACCCACGAAUCCUUCUCCGCCACCGUCCUACCUCCUCCCCAACCUCAGCAGCAACCGCAGCAGCACGACACUCACGUCAAGGAAGAGGUCCACAUCUACGAAGAGGAGCGUCUUCGUCGUCCCCAGCCUCCCCAGCAGCAGUUCCAGCAGGCUCCCCAGCCCCAGCAAUUCCACGCUCAGCAGCCCCCUCAGCACCGUGAGGAGCUACAUAUCCACGAGCAGACUCGCUACCGCCAGCCUCAACAGCAGUCCCAGCCGCAAUUCCAGCAGCCCCAGCCUCACUCUCAGCACGUUCAUCGUACUGACCGCGUAGAGUUUGAGCGAUCCCACGACCGCUCUUCCUUGCCCAACCCAAAGCUGACCUUCCUUUCUUCCUUCAGCUACCAACCUCACCCCCAACCUCCUACCUCUACCCACUCCCACGUCGAGGUUCAGGACAGAACCUACGAUAGACACUUCAAUACAGUCCACGGCCCUGCCACCGACUACGCUCCAUCUCAAAUCGACGUUACUGAACGUCAGAUCCGCGAACGUACUCGUCCCAUCGUCGCCGGUGCAAGCUACUCAAAGGAGACUUACACCACCAAGCACGAUACCUUCCCCAGCAGCAAGCACGUCGAGAGUGUCGCCAGCCACCAGCCAUCUGAGGUCCGAGUAGAAACAUCUGCUCGUUCCACUGCUGCACCCCCCAAGAAGUUCAAGCGUGAUAUGGGAUAUUACGACAACGAGGGCCAAUACCACUCGCUUCGUCAAGGAAUCUCUCACGCCGCUCACAAGGUCGCCGACCGCAUCCAACACCCCAUCCACCCUCACCGCCACCACCACUCUCACGAGCACUCUUUCCCUGGUGCCAAGUACGACGACGACCGUGAAGAGGUAAUCGUCAAGGAGAAGUACACUUCAGCUACUCCUUCUGUUGCCCCUAGCCGCCCCGUCCAAUCCGGAGCUCCUGUUGAGAGAGUCGUUCGCGUCCACUCCAACCCCUCUCCCCCCAGGUCCACAGUUUCUGCUGCUGCACCUGCCCCUGCCCCUGCUCCCGUCUCCGCUUCUAUCGCACCUGCACCAGCUUCCGCUCGUACAGUCCGCAAGAUGGCUUCCUCCAAGACUAUCACCAUCCCCUGCCACCACAUCCGCAUCGGCGAUCUCCUGAUCCUCCAGGGCCGCCCUUGCCAGGUCAUCCGCAUCACCACCUCCUCCCAGACUGGCCAGCACCGUUACCUUGGUGUUGACCUGUUCACCAAGCAGCUCCAUGAGGAGUCUUCCUUCAUCUCCAACCCGGCCCCCUCCGUCGUUGUUCAGAACAUGCUCGGUCCUGUCUUCAAGCAGUACCGUGUUCUCGACAUCCGUGAGGACGGUCGCGUUGUCGCCAUGACCGAGUCUGGUGAUGUCAAGCAGGGCCUUCCCGUCCUUGACCAGAGCGGUCUCAUCUCCCGCCUGACAGAGUCUUUCGACAACGGCCGUGGCAGCGUCCGCAUCCUCGUCAUCGAUGACGAUGGUUUCUUCUACCUCGACGUACGCACACGCAACAGCGACACGAAUCAUGGAACUACCAUCGAUGGCGAUGCGUUACUCGGAGACGUGGACAAAUUGUUCAAUGUGAUGCAAGACUUUUAUGAUCUCGACGUCACAGAGAAGAUCAAGUACGAUUUCAAAGACCAGGGCAGUUAUUUUGGUUACAAAGGAUAUGGCGAAGGCAUCGUUGACAAGCAAGGGACGAAAGAUAGGAAUGAGUUUUACAAUAUCUCCAAGGACGAUGUCCUUGGUCUCACUGACCCUCUCCCCUCCCCAGCGGUCCUAAAUCCACAUCGUGGCCUGUAUAAGUCGUACAUCACCUCCUCACACGCGAUCUGUAUGCUUGUGACGUCUCUGCUAUCUUCCCGGCUCUCUCUAAAAGAGAAUACUCGUGGAGCGGGUGGUCUGCCUGCCAUCCAUCGCUUGAAUGCAGCAUCAGGGGACCAGAUUCGUUUCGUCAAAGCACUACCACAAGAGCAAUCGCUCAAGGGCGUGGCGUUAGGUGAACAUACAGAUUUUGGCAGCGUAACAGUGCUGUUCAAUCGUUUGGGUGGCCUGCAGGUCAGGCUGCCUGAACACAUAUCGCCACUUGAGCCGAUGUCCGCGUCUCCUCCGCCUACCGACGUCGAGAAGAAGCUGUGCGAAGAUGGCUGGACGUAUGUUCGUCCUUUACCUGGACAUUGCAUCGUCAAUCUUGGGGAUGCGCUUGUCAAGUUCUCUGAUGGUGCGCUGAGAAGUAACAUCCAUCGCGUUGUCGCUCCGCCAGGUGAACAGGGCAGUGUUACGAGGUACAGCCUUGUGUACUUUUGCCGGCCCGAGGAUGACGUCUUAUUGAAGAGUUUAGUAGAGGGCGGGUCAAAGGAUGCAGAAGAGCAAGUUACAGCAAAAGAUUGGAUUCUUCGCAGGGCGUUAGGACGGAGGAAGGCAGAUGGAUGGGACAAGAGUAGUGGCACAGAGAGUGUGAGUAUGAGGAGUGGUGAGAUGAGGUCGUGA